UUUGCUGAAAUGGGAAGUCAGAGUUUUUCCCUAGUUUGGCUUCUUCUUAAUCUUAUAGGCCUCUCCUCUACCCUACUCGUUUGCUGCAAUGCCACACCCCAUGAAGCUCGAAAGGUGUAUAUUGUGUACAUGGGUGACCUUCCAAAAGGUGAAUUCAGUGCAUCAGCAUUUCACCUCACCAUGUUACAAGUUGUUGGCAGUGGGGCGCCAGACUAUUUACUCCACAGCUAUCACAGGAGCUUCAAUGGUUUUGUAGCUAAGCUGACCCAAGAGGAGGUGCAGAAAUUGGCUGGGAUGAAAGGAAUAGUGUCAGUGUUCCCAAGUCAAACGAAGAAACUCCUGACAACAAGGUCCUGGGACUUCAUGGGUUUCCCCAUGAAUGUUACAAGAUCAACUACUGAAAGCGACAUCAUUAUUGGAAUGCUCGACACUGGAGUUUGGCCUGAGUCUGAAAGUUUUAAUGAUGAAGGAUUUGGUCCACCUCCUGCCAAAUGGAAGGGCACUUGCCAAGAACCCUCCAAUUUCACCUGCAACAACAAAGUAAUUGGUGCUCGAUAUUACCACACCCAAAGGAAAUUUGGCCCUGAAGAAAUCCCUUCCCCGAGAGAUUCAGAAGGCCAUGGAUCUCAUACUGCAUCAACAGCAGCAGGCGACAUAGUAAGCAAGGCAAGCCUACUAGGCCUUGGAUCAGGCACUGCUCGAGGAGGCGUUCCUUCUGCAAGAAUUGCUGUGUACAAGAUUUGCUGGUCUGAUGGAUGUUCGGAUGCUGACAUUCUUGCAGCAUUUGAUGAUGCAAUUGCUGAUGGAGUUGAUAUAAUAUCUCUAUCAGUUGGAGGGUGGCCUACGGAUUAUUUUGAGGAUUCAAUUGCAAUUGGAGCUUUCCAUUCAAUGAAGAAUGGGAUUCUCACAUCCAAUUCUGCUGGCAACGAAGGCCCUGAUCCUGAAUCAGUCUCAAAUUGUUCUCCUUGGUCUCUUUCUGUGGCUGCUAGCACCAUUGACAGGAAGUUCGUGAGCCAGGUGAAAUUAGGAAAUGGAGCAAUUUAUGAGGGAAUUUCUAUAAAUACUUUUGACCCUGGAAAUGUCAUGUACCCAAUCAUCAAUGGUGGAGAUACAUCAGAAGGGUUUUGCAGCCUAGACACAUUGAACAAGACAUCUGCCAGGGGAAAAGUAGUUGUUUGUAACGGUUUCGAUGAAGAAGGCACCAUAGUUGCUGGUGUAGCUGGAGUAGUAAUGCCUGAUGAUUUUUACCAAGAUGUGGCCUUCAGUUUCGCUUUACCAGUUUCCAUAAUAACAUCUAGCAAUCAAACAGAUAUUUUGAACUACUUGAAUUCCACUAGUGAAGCAACUGCUGCAAUAUUGAAGAGUGUUGGGUUUAAGGAUACAUUUGCUCCAUAUGUAGUUUCAUUUUCUUCAAGGGGACCUAAUCCAAUAACAAGUGAUAUUCUCAAGCCUGACCUGACAGCUCCUGGAGUUGACAUUUUAGCAGCAUGGUCAGGAGCUACAACAGUGACAGGAGCACCAUGGGACAACAGAGUAGUUCCAUACAACAUAAUCUCUGGAACAUCAAUGUCUUGUCCUCACGCAUCUGGUGCAGCUGCUUAUGUCAAGUCAUUUCACCCAACAUGGUCUCCUGCUGCAAUCAAGUCUGCUCUAAUGACAACAGCCUAUCCCAUGAGUGCUGCUUCUAAUGCAGAUGCAGAGUUUGCUUACGGAUCAGGACACAUAAAUCCUGUAAAAGCCAUUGAUCCUGGAUUGGUAUACGAUGCUUCAGAGAUUGAUUACGUGAAAUUUUUGUGCGGACAAGGGUAUAAUGAGACACAAAUUCAGCUUGUGACAGGGGACAACAGUGCAUGUUCUGAAGAAACAAAUGGAACAGUGUGGGAUCUAAACUAUCCUUCAUUUGCUCUAUCUGCUGUUCCUGGGAAAUCUGUAACUCGCGUCUUUCACAGAACUGUCACAAAUGUUGGAUCCUCAUCGUCUACUUACAAGGCAAUCUUAAAAGCUAUGUCGGGUCUUAGUAUCGAAGUUGAACCAGGUGUUCUGUAUUUCAAGUCUGUGGGAGAAAAGCAAUCAUUUGUUGUGACAGUUGAAGCUACCUUUGGUGGAUCUGCAAGCUCCUACUCAGGUGGUUUGAUUUGGGAUGAUGGGGUGCAUCAAGUGAGAAGUCCCAUUAUGGCAUUUGUUUCUGAUCCUGAAGAGUAGUUUGAGAUUUGCCAUUUACGUUUGAAUUCUCUAGAAAUGGGUGGAAUUCCAUUGAUCAAUAAAUUUGAUUGCUUUUGAAAAUCUAGUUAAUGAUGCACCAAUGCAGUUGUUUGUUGUUGUGGCAUUUUGUUGUUUCUUUCUGUGUAAUCUGCUCCAGUUAUGAAUAUCGAUUUCAGUUUUUUUAAUGAAAAAAAAAAAAGAAAAAGAAAAAAAGGA